GAGGAAACUGCAUGAUGCCAAAUAGUUGUUAUUUUAAUUCCCAGAGGGACUUCGACAUUCCUUGUAGUGUCUUGUGAGAAGCCAAGUUACAACCAAUUUUGAGUCGUUUUCUAGACUGUUCUUGGAACAAAGAUGUCUGCCGAAGAUUGGAAUGCUGUUCUUGAUUACUGGUUUGGARGGGGUGACCCUCAAAAGAGACCAAAAUGGUUUGGUGGGGGGGACCCAGCUGCUGAAGAAAUCAGACAAAAAUUUGGACCUCUUGUUGAGAAGGCAAGGAAUGAUGAGUUGAAGCAUUGGGAAGAAGAUCCCAAGSGAACAUUUGCACUCAUCUUGUUACAGGAUCAGUUCUGUCGCAGUCUCUAUAAGGGAACUCCAAAAGCAUAUGAUAGAGAUCCUUAUUGUGUUGAACUUUCAAGAAAGUUUCUCGAGCAGAAGACACAUGACCAUCUACAAAUCAGCCCUGCCGGUCGUAUGUUCCUUUAUCUUCCCUUUGAACAUGCAGAAGAUAAGGAGACCCAGGCACUCGCAGUGGAGUUGUUUACUAAACUGAAGGAACAUGCAAAGGGAACCUUUGAUGAAAAAAGUGCAGAAUUCUGGCUUGCUUAUGCACAGAAGCAUAAGGAAAUUGUUGAUCAGUUUGGGCGAUUCCCCCAACGCAACAAGUCUUUGGGUCGAGAGGACACACCCGAGGAAGCAGCCUGGCUUGCAAAUCCCCCACCUGGAUWUAUAUUUUAGUAUGCAUGAUUCAUUAUGGUCUUGGAAAUCAAUUUUGUAAUCAAUUUUGAAAUAAAAAAUAACUUUUACUGACA